GAUUCUAGAGGAGAGUUGAGGUCAUACUGUAGGAUUACUUUUAUUGUGUGUCUGUGUGUACAAAACGUGAAAAUGCCAUCGGAUUUUGACAAGGGGGCAUACCCAGAGCCUCCUCGGCAGACUCCUGCACCUGACAAACAGACUGCACUACCAAACCCAGCUAUAAUCUUGUCAAAGCUCUUCUAUUACUCCGUGGAUGUGCCUGUCACGACAUUGAGAGGUGUUGUAGACAGUAUAAGGUCCAACAACAAGUCUGUGUACUACCACCAGAAGUUCCGGCGAGUCCCCGACCUGACUGAAUGCGAGGAGGGUGAUUACCUGUGCUACUAUGAGGCAGAGAUGCAGUGGAGGAGAGACUAUAAAGUGGACCAGGAAAUACUAAAGAUUGUACAGGAGAGAAUGAGAGCCUGCUACCAGAGAGAAGGAGCCAGUUAUGAGCAGAAUUGUGCCAAGGAAAUCCAUCAGUUUAAUGAAGCAGCUAAAGACUUUCAGUCACGCUAUGGAGACCUUGGGGCUUAUGCCAGUGCACGAAAAUGUUUAAUGAAGCAAAAACAAAGAAUGAUGGAAGCCCAAGCUGAGAGUGCUUAAGAAUCUGAGUGUUAUUCUGUAUAAUAAUUGUAAAAUAAAAUGUUUUGACCUCAA